CCGGGGAUGCCGCGGGGGCGGCGCGGCUGAGCCCCCCAGCCCCGCUGCGCCGCCGGCCCCGCCCGCCGCCGCCAUGGCCGGUAAGCCCCGCAGCGGCUGCGAGGCGCUCCGGGUGGUGGCCCGGUGCCGGCCCAUGAGCCGGCGGGAGGAGGCGGCGGGAUACGAGCGCGUCCUGGAGCUGGACGUGAAGCUGGGCCAGGUGAGCAUCCGCAACCCCCGCGCCGCCCCCGGGGAGCUGCCCAAGACCUUCACCUUCGACGCCGUGUACGACGCCAGCUCCAAGCAGGCCGACCUCUACGACGAGACGGUGCGGCCGCUCAUCGACUCGGUGCUGCAGGGCUUCAAUGGCACCGUCUUCGCCUAUGGCCAGACCGGCACCGGCAAGACCUACACCAUGCAGGGCGCCUGGGCGGAGCCGGAGAAGCGCGGCAUCAUCCCCAGCGCCUUCGAACACAUCUUCACCCACAUCUCCCGCUCACAGAACCAGCAGUACCUGGUGAGGGCCUCGUACCUGGAGAUCUACCAGGAGGAGAUCAGGGACCUCCUCGCCAAGGACCAGAGCAAGAAGCUGGAGCUGAAGGAGAACCCCGAGACCGGUGUGUACAUCAAAGACCUUUCCUCCUUCGUGACCAAGAACGUCAAGGAGAUCGAGCACGUGAUGAACCUGGGCAGCCAAACGCGCUCCGUGGGCAGCACCAACAUGAACGAGCACAGCUCGCGCUCCCACGCCAUCUUCCUGAUCACCAUCGAGUGCAGCGAGACGGGGCCAGACGGCGAGGAGCACAUCCGCGUGGGCAAGCUCAACCUCGUGGACCUGGCCGGCAGCGAGCGCCAGAACAAAAUGGGGGCCCACGGAGAGCGCCCCAAGGAAGCCUCCAAGAUCAACCUCUCCCUCUCGGCCCUGGGCAACGUCAUCUCGGCGCUGGUGGACGGCCGGAGCACGCACAUCCCCUACCGGGACUCCAAGCUCACCCGCCUGCUGCAGGACUCCCUUGGGGGCAAUGCCAAGACAAUCAUGGUGGCCACCUUGGGCCCGGCCUCCCACAGCUACGACGAGAGCCUCUCCACCCUCAGGUUCGCCAACAGGGCCAAGAACAUCAAGAACAAGCCCCGGGUGAACGAGGACCCCAAGGACACCUUGCUGCGCGAGUUUCAGGAGGAGAUCGUCCGGCUGAAAGCCCAGCUGGAGAAACGUGGGAUGCUGGGGAAGAAGAGGAGAAGGAGCAGCCGGAGGAAGAAGGCAAUGGAUGGAGAGGGCACCGUGGACAAUGAAGGGGAGGAUGAGAAUGAGGAUGGCCUGGAGAAGAACAUGGAGAAUUACUUGAAGGAGCAGAAGGAGAGGCUGGAAGAGGAGAAAGCCGCUAUCCAGGACGACCACAGCCUGGUGAGUGAGGAGAAGCAGAAGCUGCUCCAGGAGAAGGAGAAGAUGAUAGAGCACCUGCGGAGGGAGCAGGAGGCCACGGAGCUGUUGGCCAUCAAGUACAAGGCCAUGGAGAGCAAGCUGCUCAUCGGGGGCAGGACCAUCGUGGACCACACCAACGAGCAGCAGAAGAUGCUGGAGCUGAGGCGGCAGGAAAUCGCCGAGCAGAAACGCCGGGAGCGCGAGAUGCAGCAGGAGAUGCUGCUGAGGGACGAGGAGACCAUGGAGCUGCGGGAGACCUUCACGUCCCUGCAGCAGGAGGUGGAGAUCAAAACCAAGAAGCUGAAGAAGCUCUACGCCAAGCUCCAGGCUGUGAAGGCCGAGAUCCAGGACCAGCACGACGAGUACAUCCGUGUGCGCCAGGACCUGGAGGAGGCCCAGAACGAGCAGACGAGGGAGCUGAAGCUCAAGUACUUGAUCAUCGAGAACUUCAUCCCUCCUGAGGAGAAGAACAAGAUCAUGAACCGCCUGUACUUCGACAGCGAUGAGGACCAGUGGAAAUUCCAGCCGCUGGUUCCCACCGGAGGGAACAGCUCCCAGAUGAAGAGGCGACCGACCUCCGCCGUGGGCUACAAGAGACCCAUCAGCCAGUACGCCCGGGUGGCCAUGGCCAGGAGAUCCCACCCACGCUUCCGGGCUGAGAACAUCAUGUUCCUGGAGCUGGACCUGUCCCCCCCGGCCAUCUUUGAGUUUGAGCGCAGCAGGGACCCGGCGGAGCAGGACCCGCGGGCGCUGCACCUGGAGAGGCUGAUGCACCUGGACAGUCUCCUGGAGCGGCCGGCGGCCUCCCGCGUGCGCAAAUCCCGCUCCUGGUGCCAGACGCCGCGGUCGCUGCCGUCCUCCACCACCCACGUGUCCCUCGCCUCCAGCUCCCCGUGCUCCGCCCCAGUGCCGGCCCAGGAGUGACGGCCCGGACGUCCCGGACUGAGUCCCCGAGGGGGGCCCGGCCCAGCGGCCCCAGCUCGUCCUGCUCCUCAGCUACUUUGUGUGUGUUUGUGAGACACGGACGGCCCCGGGCCAGGGUGGCUGCCCCUCCCUCCCUCCUCCUCCUCCUCCUCCCCUUCCUCCGCCCCCCUGAUCCGGAUCUGUCACUUUAUUUAUUUAACCUAUUUAUUUAUGGAGCGGGUGACGCGCGGAGCCGGGAUUUGCGCUCGGACUGAUGGACAUCCAGGCUGGCAGCGGGCAGCCCAAAGCCCGGGUUUGCCCAGCUGCCAGCCCUCCCCACAGCGCCUGGCACGGGGCUGGGCAGGGGACAGCACCCUGGCACAGGGCUGGGCAGAGGGACACCACCAGGACACCGCUCCAUCCGGGCAGGAGGGGUGUGGGUCCCUCUCCAGGGGUUUUGGCAGAAGCUGAAGCUGCCCUGGCCCCUGGAGCCGGCUUUGCUUUGCUGGAUCCAGGGAAUUUGGAGAUUUCUGCAUGGAUUGGGAGACUUUGUGGUGGCAGCGCCUUGUCAGAGUCCCCCAGUGGGACUCCCUAACACUGGUGGCAGCAGGGACACCUCACCGGGCACGGCUGUCACUCCAGGAGCACCAGCUCCGUCCACAGGGCUUGCAGAGUCACCAGACCAAGUCACCCCAAGGGCAGGGCUUUGUCCACCUGUGCCACGCUCUGGAGAUGGCCCCACCGAGGUUCCUGGGGCUGUGCAGCUCCUGACAGCACAAGAGGUGGAAAUCUCCUUCCAGCGCCCCUCCAAAGUCACGGGCAGUGCCUGCGGAACUCCGGCCUGAGAGGCUCCAUCCUGCAGCGGAGGAAUGUGGGACAAGGAGGUGACAGCCAGGGCAGCGAUGGCAUCGCUGUCCCCUGGGCAAUGGCACAUGGAGGUCACCUCUGUCACCCCCUGCUUGGGACAAACUUCCUGGUGGGUUGUGAGGAGUGGGUGUGAAAUGGUGAUGGGUAAGAGGGGGAAGCCACCAGGACUCUGGGGACUGAGUGCAGUCUGCAGGCGCUGCCCCGGCAGCUGCAGGCACGGGGACAGCGCUCGGUGUUCCUGCGGGACACGGCUCUCCAUGGAGGGAAGCUGGUGAACGUCCUGGCAGUGCCAGGCCAGCAGCUGUGGUGUCCCUGGGAUGGUGGAGGUGGGGACAUCCCCGUGUUUGAGGAGAUCCUUAUGGAUGAGGGAGCGACCCCUGGCUCUCCUGGGAGGAGAUGGGGCAGCGAAGGGCCGGGCAGGGAGGGCAGGUCAGAGAGGAUUGCAGGUAGGGAAUGUCCUCUGGCAACAAGGAGAAUUCCUUCACAGAAUGGAGGAGGUUCAAGGGACCCUGGAGCUCAGCCAGUCCCUGGAGCACGUUACUCAGGGCUGUCUGGGUGGGUUUGGAAGCUCCUGAGGAGGAGGAAGGAGGCUCCAGGACUGCUCUGGGCUCACUGUUCUUUGCUGUUGGACUGGUCCCUGCUCCCCUCACUGGCUCCUGCACUCAGGACAGGGGUGAGGGAGGGUCAGGGAGCAAGGCACAGGCACAGAAUGGGAACAUCCAGAGGGAACCAGGAGCUGUGCCAAGCUCAGAGCCAGGCAGGUCCCACAGCAGCCGUGUCCCAUCCACAGGUGGCUGUGCUGGGCCAUCCACUGCCCAUCCCUGCACUGCCACAGGGGAUCUUCUCCCCUUCCCAUCCAAUGCUGUCCCGCCUCGAGCUCUCCAUCAUCCCCUCUGCUCCCCUUCCCAUUCCCAUCUGUGCCCCAGAACACCCCCUGGCCCUCCAGACUCCGGCCCCUUCUCCCCAGGCCGGCUCCUGGCUCGGGGAUGCCUCGGGAAGCUGUAGCUUGCUCCAAGGGCUGAGCCCCCUCCCUCUGGCACAGAUCUGCCCACAGGUACCCCCUGCAGCCAGGGGUGUCCGAGGGUAUCCCCCACAGGUACCCCCUGCAGCCAGGGGUGUCCGAGGGUAUCCCCCACAGGUACCCCCUGCAGCCAGGGGUGUCCGAGGGCAUCCGCUGUUCCUGUGUCACCAUCCUGUCCCUGCCAUGGCAGGGGUGGAACUGGAUAAGCUUUAAAGUCCCUUCCAGCCCAAACCAGUCUGGGAUUCCCUGGUUCUUUGAAACAGUGGCUGGCAGAGCUGGCUCAUUACUUAAUUUCCAGGAAAACUCUGGGAGUCAGGCUCAGGAAGCACAGACUCAGAAUUUCUGAGGAGAAGCUCGGGGGGCUUGCAGGAAUAGAAUUUCCUCCCUUGUUUUCCAGCAGUCCCAGUUCCCAUUCGGUGGAUCAGCAGCUUGUGGAGCCCCAGAGUGAUGAACCAGUGACUUUCUCUUGCCUCCAUUCUCACCCAGGGUGUGGGAAACAGCUCAGGAGCUGAGGGUGUCCUCAUCCCCCGGCUUGCCAAGGGCCAGGGAGCAUCCCAGGAAUGGUGGCUGUGCCCAGGGGAGGGUGGCUGUGUCCCAUGAAGGGUGGCUGUGUCCCAG